AUGGCGGAACAUCUCCAUAGACACGCGGACUAUCAAAGGGAGGCCAAUCUUACCUCAGCAGGGGUGAUGUUCCACAGGGAGGGAGCCACCACCGAGAAGGCCCUUCGUCUGGGUCCCACCAGACGGACCUCCUUAAAAAGGGGGGCCCUUAACGUCCCCUACCUCCUCACUAUGUCCGUGAAUGAGUUCCUGGAGUCCGUGGGCGCCCCGUUGGAGAUCCUGGAUGGCUUCAUCGACAGCAUUGCCGUCACCAUCCCCUGGUCUGCCUUAGUCACCGAGAACUGCACUGUGGAAGUCAGCGGGCUGCAGGUCACCUGUCGGCCCAAAUAUCGCCAAGGUCAUGCUGGCUCAGAGUCCCAAAGCUGGCCUUCAUCCAUGACCACCUCCAUGCAGCUGGCUCAGGAGUGCUUGAAGGAACAGACGGAGGAGCCUUCGGAUGCCAGCCAGCCCCUGGAGGGCCUGGAGAUGUUUGCCCAAACCAUUGAAACAGUUCUGAGACGGAUCGAAGUCACUUUUGUGGACACGGUGAUACGCGUGGAACACACGCCCAGAAGCGGGGAGGCACCCGGCGUGGCCCUGGAAAUUCACAUCAAAAGGUUGGACUACUGCGAUGAAGUGGUGCGGGAUCCCGGCCAGGCGGUAGCUGUCGACAUCCAUCAGCCUCCGCCGUUUGUGCACAAAAUCCUCCAGCUGAGUGGCCUCUUGCUUUACUAUGAGGAAUUUGGUGAGGGCAGUGCCCGGGGCCCGAAGGAGGCUGAGCCGUGCGAUUCCGGCGGGGAAGAAGCCGGACCCAGUCCUCUGCUUCAGAUCGGGAGCUGCUCCGGAUACACCGAGAUGAGGAUUAAGCUCAAGCAAAACGAAGCCUUCCCUGGAGCCAAGCUGGAGUUAGAUGGGAAGAUUGGAUCUCUGCACCUGCUGCUCGCCCCUCGGCAGAUCUUGCACCUGACGGACCUUCUCUCAUCCCUCAACUUGUCCGAAUCCGGCCUUCUGCAGGAGCAGCUGAGCAAAAACCGUCCACUGGAUUCCGAAGAUCUGAAGUUGAUUGAGCAGGAUCUCAGCCAGCAGCUGCAUUCGGGGCUGGGAUCGGCCCCUCCGCAUCUGGAGGGAAUGGCGGCUGGAGUGGAGAACGGAGAGAUGUUCUUCUCCAUGGCACCCAUGACGAGCAGCGUAGCCUCUCUGCGUUCGGUCAGCGACGUCUCGGAUCUGGAUUCGUCGGUCCACAGCGACAUCAGCACUGCUCCCCUGCAGCCUCCGGCCUUUGCCCCAGGGCUGAGCCUAGGAAGCCCCCGGCGUUACAGACGGCUGCCGUUUGCCUCAACCCUGCCAGGUCUCAAUAAGAUACCAAGCAAGGCUGGCCCCUUCCCGCCCCCCUCCCUGGACAGCCAGCGUCCCGAGAUGCCUGCUGCGGGUGACUAUCGGGGGCCUGACCUUGACCCUUCUCCAUCAGCCCCCUGGGCUUUCCCAUCGGAUGUCCUCUCCCUGGGGGUCGCUCAGCGGUUUUUUCUCCCAGCUGGCGGGCCUGAAGGACGCAGCCUUCCGGAGGCCGGGAUUUUCAUCCCCUGCGCCGUUGCUUCGAGGAGGCCAUUCCACGCAGCCAUGCUGACCGGGGCUGCGGUCCAACUCACCUGCGAGCGCAAGUCUUCUAAGCAGCUGCGUGGGCUCAACUGGGACGCCUCCUUCGGCCUUCUGGAGAUCUUGGAGUGCCUUUGGCCAGCCAGCAGAAGGACGGGAAAACCCGAAUACACUCAGCUGCUGGUCUUUCCCACCCCGGGACCCGUUCCCUACAGCCAGGCGCCUCAGCCCUGUGCACGGAUCCGGUCCAAGCACUUGGAGAAGCUGCCGUCCUCCAAGAGCGGUCUGGCCAAAGGGGCGUUGUCCAAGCUGACGGUGGAGCUGGCGGUGGAACUGGCUGACUUCCUCUCUGAAGUGGACCUGGGUACGCUGGAUCGCCUCUGCUCCCUCUUGCAGCCCGCCAUGGUGCCAUCCCGGCCGGGUGUCUACCGUCCCGAAGAACCCGUGCCAGGUUUCCCCCCGGCUGCCCGAUGGCAGGGCAACAUGCAGCUGGUCGCCCCCAAAGCUUCCCUGCUUCUCCAGUUCCCCAUCCCGGAUCUCCGCGCCUGGGCCGAGAGGCGCGCCUGGGCCGAGAAGGCAGUGCGCAGGGAGCGCUUGCGGCUGGACCUGGCCGGCGUCGAGCUGCGCACGGAUCUGGAGCCGACGGGGCCCACUAAGUUAGAAAUCACCCUGACAGAUUUGCACGGCAUUUAUGAAGAUGGUGAGACGCUGUCGGUGCCUUGUUUUCGGGUGGGCAAAGCCCCUGACUUACUGGCCAGAGGCGUCGGGAAGAAGUACCUCCUUCCUAAGCUCAUCUUGACCUUCUGCCCAACGCCCACGGAUGCCCCUUGGGAUUUGGUGCUGGCAGCCGCCGAAGAGGUGGAGCUGUCGACGGUUGAAAGCCCCUGUGAGCUGAAGCAGCCGGAGCCUUCGCCCUUCUCUUCCAAACGGACGAUGUACGAGACGGAAGAGAUGGUCAUUCCCGGGGAUCCCGAGGAGAUGGCCGAGUUCCAGAGCCAGACGCUGGCCGCCUCCCGCUACACUCUGGAGCUGACCUUCCCCACGGUUCACAUCUUCUUAAACCCCUGUACUACCAAGUUCAGGGACUUGCACAACGUCUUCCUCCAUCAUGUUUCUGACUUACCAAGUUCCAGUUUCGUCUUUUCUCUCGUCCUAGAUUAUGUUUGCGUGGUGGAAGUGGAUCUCUUGGAAUUGGUCAUCACGACGUGGAAAGGAGCUACCGCUGGCAAACUGACCCGGCCCCUCUUUGAGCUCCGCUGCUCCAACAACGUGGUGCACAUCCACACCUGUGCCGACUCUUGCGCGGCCCUCGGCAACCUCAUCCAGUACGUGGUCAACAAAGGGGACCAGCACCCGCCCCCUCGGCACGACAGCCCCACUGAGAUUGCCGGGCAGAAGGUGCAGUUAUCCGAGAGCCCGGCUUCUCUGCCCACCUGUCCCCCAGCUGAGACGGCGGCCAUCAACCAGCGAGACCUCACGGACGCCCUCAUGGAUACCGAGCGUGGAUACCAGGAAAUGACCGGGGACUCUGGGAUGAGACGGCAGCCUUCGCCCGUCUCGGUGUAUCUCUUCCCCGGUGAGAACGGGGCGGCAGGCCAAGGGAAGGCCCCCCCUCCCCCAGGGACCCCAGUGGCCGAGGGUCUCGAUUUCAGCCCUUCCGAGGACAGCGAAGGGGAGAGCGAAGCCACGGAUGGGUUCUGCAUUUUGGACGCUCCGGGAACGGGCAUUCCGCCUCGGGAUGGCGAACCGGUAGUGACCAAGCUCUUGGAGGGCCCCGUCCACAUCCAGGAGGGCCACUUCUCUCGGCCCCUGGGCAGCACGGAUUUAUUGAAGGCCCCCUCCCACUUCCCGGUGCCGGAGAGCCGAGUCGUGAUGCGGGAAAUUUCGGUGGUCUGGCAUCUCUACGGGGGCAGAGAUUUUGGGCCGGGGCGCUCGCCUUCUGGACACAUGCAUUCCCCCAGGACGAAAUCAAGCCUUCCCAGCACCCGUUCCUCCCCCUCUCGGUCUUCGGUGUCCAGCCGACCCCAGAGCUCCUGGCGGGCUCAAGGAGGCCCCGGUCGUAUCCACGACCUGCUGAUGGAAAUCCAGCUUACAAAGGUGAGUUUCCAGCACGAAUCCUACUCGACUGGAGCAUCCGAGAAGCCAUCCCUGGAAUCGGAGGAGCAGCCCUUAGCCAGGCAGGUGUUCGUUGUCCAGGAGCUGGAGAUCCGAGACCGCCUGGCCUCCUCGCAGAUCAACAAGUUCCUCUACCUGUACAGCAGCGAGCUCCUGCCCCGGAGGGCCCAUUCUAACAUGCUCACCAUCAAAGCUCUUCACGUCUGCCCUGAAGCUGGCGUGGGGGGUCCCGAGUGCUGCCUAAGGGUCUCCUUGAUGCCUCUCCGACUCAACAUAGACCAGGACGCCUUGUUUUUCCUCAAAGACUUUUUCACCAGCGUGGCGGCCAGCAUCAAUCCCGUCGUGCCCAUGGAAGUUGGCCCUGAAGGUCGUGUCGAGUCCCCCGGGAAGGACUCCGAGGCAGCCGAGAGGAUGAUGGCGACUUCAGUGGAGACCACGACCAGUGAAAACAGCUCCAGUGCCUCCUCUUCCUCUGAGCAGCCCAUUUAUUUCCGGGAAUUCCGUUUCACGUCCGAGGUCCCCAUUUGGCUGGAUUACCACGGGAAGCACGUCACUGUGGACCAGGUGGGCACCUUCGCUGGCAUUCUGAUCGGUUUGGCUCAACUCAACUGCUCCGAGCUGAAACUGAAGAGACUCUGCUGUCGCCAUGGGCUACUAGGGGUGGAGAAGGUGGUCAGCUACACCCUGACCGAGUGGCUGACAGACAUCCGUAAAAACCAGCUGCCGGGCAUCCUGGGAGGGGUCGGGCCCAUGCACUCCUUCGUGCAGCUCUUCCACGGCCUGCGGGACCUCUUCUGGCUGCCCAUCGAGCAGUACCGCAAGGACGGGCGCAUCAUCCGUGGCCUGCAACGCGGCGCCGCCUCUUUCGGCACCUCUACCGCCUCAGCGGCCCUCGAGCUCAGCAACCGCCUGGUGCAGGCUAUUCAGGCCACAGCCGAGACCGUCUACGACAUCCUGUCUCCCACGGCUCCGCCGUCCCGCACACUGCCGGACAGGAAAUACGCCCGCAAACUACGACGGGGCCAUCAGCCGGCGGAUCUACGCGAAGGGGUGGCCAAGGCCUACGACACCGUGCGCGAGGGCGUCAUAGACACGGCCCAGGCCAUCUGCGACGUGGCUGCCCGCGGGCACGAGCAGAAGGGCAUCACGGGGGCCGUGGGCGGCGUCCUGCGGCAGAUCCCUCCCACCGUGGUCAAGCCACUGAUCGUGGCCUCCGAGGCCACCUCCAACCUCCUGGGCGGGAUGCGGAACCAGAUCAAACCCGACGCCUUGAAGGAAGAAUCGCUCAAGGGGCGUUGGGAAGAGCCAGGGGUGGGCUCCUUGGAUUUAAGGGCCAGCUUGGAAACCCAAGAUAUACAGCCGUGGUGUUUUGCAUUCGCCCGGUUUUCCGCGCGGUCCGCGUGGCAGGAGGAGGAACAACCGGACGGAUUUUUCCAAACCGCGUUGGGCCACGACAGUUGCCAUCGCUCCGGUUACAGCAGGCGUGUUUUUCGCAAAGGAGCCGAGUUCGAAAGAGUUGAGCUGGCAGUCUUUGCGGUUGCCCAAAUGCCAUUUUGA